AGCUUUGCUCGUCCUUCGUAAUAUUUGUCCGGCUCUUCGAAAUUGUUAUUACAAAGCUUUAACACGAGCAACGACCACACCGAAGCAGAAAUGAAAAUAUAGUGGGUCCCACUGUUAGAAUUCAAUUCUGCUUCAAUGAAAACUCAACGCCUUCGUUCCUCUCAGAUCUCCACCAGCAAUGUUCAAACCCUAGUUUCUUGAUCCCACUCAACAUUUUCCACAUCCAUUAUACCUCUCCAAUUCAGGGACUAGGGAUUAUAUAGUACCGUACUGAGUGAUUUAGUAAGAUGCAGCGUACUCCGUCAACAGUUGAGGAGCAGUUGAUAGUGAAAGCAAUUAAGGAAGAAUGCUCUUGGGAGAGUCUCCCUAAGAGGCUUCAAGCGACUUUGAAUUCUAAAGAAGAAUGGCAUAGAAGGAUAAUUGAACAUUGCAUAAAGAAAAGGCUCCAAUGGAACACUUGUUUUGCUCGCAAAGUAUGCAAAGAAGGUGAAUAUUAUGAAGACAUGAUGCGUUAUUUACGGAAAAAUUUAGCGCUGUUUCCCUAUCAACUUGCAGAGUAUAUUUGCCGUGUGAUGAGGGUUUCGCCUUUCAAAUAUUAUUGCGAUAUGAUAUUUGAAGUCAUGAAAAAUGAGCAACCAUAUGACAGCAUUCCAAAUUUUAGUGCAGCUGAUGCCUUGCGUCUUACAGGAGUCGGAAGAAAUGAAUUCAUUGAUAUCAUGAACAAGUGCAGGUCAAAGAAAAUUAUGUGGAAGCUGAAUAAGUCAAUUGCAAAGGAACUAUUACCUACACAACCUGUGGACAUUGUAAUCGAUCCAUGGUGGGGAGUUUGUCUUGUCAACUUUACACUGGAAGAAUUUAAGAAACUCUCAGAGGAUGAAAUGGCAACAAUUGAUAAAGUUUGUAAGGAGGAAGCAAAUUCAUUCAUCCUUUUUGAUCCUGACAUUGUGAAGGGUCUUUACAGACGGGGAUUGAUCUACUUUGAUGUCCCUGUUUAUCCUGAUGACCGCUUCAAAGUUUCCAGGCUUGAAGGUUUUGUUUCCAACAGGGAGCAGUCCUACGAAGAUCCCAUUGAGGAGUUAUUGUAUGCUGUUUUUGUGGUUUCAAGUGAGAAUUCAACUGUGGCUGAAUUGGCUACAACUUUACAGGCUGACCUUUCUCAGCUGCAAGCUGCUGCAUCUUUUGCUUGUCGAUUAGGGUGGGCGGUAAAAUUAAUUGAUCCUGCAUCUGUUCUUCAAGACGCAACUGUAUCAGAUGCUUCUAACAUUAACCUCAGUGAUGACGAAGAUGGUUCUCAUGCUAGUUUGGACCCAACGAAAUUCUCUGCUGAUGGCAGAUCUGUUCAACAGGGAGAUGGUUUAGGGACAGAAAACUAUGGCCUGGCUGCUGAUUAUGCUCGUGUUGCUUUCGUAGUUGAUGCUAACAUAACAUCGUAUCUUAUGAUGGGGUCUGUUUCACCAGGCUUGAAAUCUCAUGCUGUGACAUUAUAUGAAGCGGGAAAACUGGGUCAUGCUAGCAUUGCAGAUCUUUGCAAUGAUCUGAGUACAUUAGAGGGAACAAAAUUUGAGGGAGAGCUGCAGGAAUUUGCCAAUCAUGCAUUUAGCCUUCGCUGUGUUCUGGAAUGUCUGGCAGCAGGUGGAGUUGCUACAGAUGAGAGCCUUGUGGAAGUUUGUGAUAAGAUGAGUAUGAUAUCUUCAAAUGAGGAGGCUACUUCUUUGGUAGCUGACAUUAAUUUGACAGACAAAUCAGGACAUUCUGGUGUGAAGGUGGCUGGGGUAAAUAGCGAUAGUUCCCUGCUUUCAGGAACACCUCAGGAGGAUGCCAUUUUGGCUGAUCCUGUAAGUGGAAGUACAGGUGAUGAGAAUAUUCCUGCCACUAUAUCUGAAGAGGGUAGUUACUUAAGUGAGAAUUCUAAAUCAGACCCUAGAUUACAGGAUGAUGAGAAACCAAUGACUGCUCAAGGUUUAGAAGUCGGAGACGGAACUUCAAGGAGAAAAAAGAAAUACCGUGUGGACCUUCUCCGCUGUGAAAGUUUGGCUGCUCUUGCACCAGCAACUUUAAAUCGGAUGUUUCUUCGUGACUACGAUAUUGUUGUAUCUAUGGUUCCUCUUCCUUAUUCUUCAGUUCUACCUGGACGUAAAGGUCCCAUUCAUUUUGGUCCUCCUUCUCAUUCGUCUAUGACACCUUGGAUGAAAUUAGUACUGUAUGCUGCUGUGGCUUGGGGACCUCUAUCAGUAGUUCUAAUGAAAGGUCAAUGUUUACGAUUGCUUCCUGCACCAUUGGCUGGUUGUGAGAAAGCCCUCAUAUGGUCUUGGGAUGGAUCCACGAUUGGAGGUUUGGGAGGCAAGUUUGAAGGAAGUUUAGUUAAAGGAAGUAUCCUUUUACAUUGCUUAAAUUCUCUUCUCAAACACUCGGCUGUGCUGGUGCAGCCCCUCAGCAGAUAUGACCUUGAUGAGAGUGGAAAAAUCGUCACUAUGGAUAUUCCAUUGCCUUUAAAGAACUCAGAUGGUUCAAUUGCCCAUAUAGGGGAGGAAUUGGGACUAUGUAGAGAAGAAAGUUUGAAGUUGAAUUCUCUGUUAACUGAUAUAGCAAAUAAGAUAGAACUCUGGACCAUUGGUUAUAUUCGACUAUUAAAACUUUUCAAAGAAAGAGAGUCAAACCAACUUUCACCUGAUGAUGAGAAGUACGAAUGGGUUCCAUUGAGUGUGGAAUUUGGGAUUCCACUAUUUAGUCCAAAAUUAUGCAACAAUAUAUGUAAAAGAGUGGUUUCUUCGCAAUUACUUCAAACAGAUUUACUUAAUAAGCAUCAUGAUGCGAUGCAAGACUUAAGGAAAAGGUUACAUGACAUCUGUGUCGAGUAUCAAGCAACAGGUCCGACUGCAAGACUUCUUUACCAGAGGGAGCAAUCAAAGGAUUCUUCGCGACAACUUAUGAACUAUGCAAGUGGAAGGUGGAAUCCGCUUGUGGAUCCUUCUUCUCCCAUUUCGGGAGCCUUGAGUGAGCAUCAGAGAUUAAAACUUGCUAACCGUCACCGUUGCAUGACAGAAGUUUUGAGCUUUGAUGGUAACAUUCUAAGAUCAUUCGCUCUUGGUUCUGUGUACGAAGCUGCUACAAGGCUCGUUGAAGAAACUUCUCUCACGAGUACACAGAAAUCCGAAUCAGAUGAUGCUGACAGCAGAGAAGUAGCCCUUCCUGGUGUUAAUCUUCUUUUUGACGGAUCUGAGUUGCGUCCAUUUGACAUAGCUGCUUGCCUACAGGCUCGCCAACCAGUCUUGUUAAUAGCAGAGGCUUCGGCAGCCUGCACAUCUUCUGCAAUUAAAUAGAGUUUAGAGCUAUAAUAUUACAUGGUACAGUAGUUAGAAGAGUUUCUUCCAGUUCUUACAGAUCAGAAAGAUCUUGUGCUGCAUGUCAUUAUUCCAUGCUGCCGUUUUGCUGAUUCUUCUUCUUGGAGGUUUCUCAUUGCAGACGAGCACAGACUAAUUUGUAAGGAGGUCUCUUGGGCUCGGUCAGGCUAUGACGAUCCAGAUUGUUAUGUAAAAAGAAAAGAACAAGAGGUUUCAUUCUCAAUAAUUCCGGUUGAGAUAUGGUACCACUACCAUAGCCCUGGCAAUCUACUGCUUAGAACAAGAAGCAAAACUCAAAUGAUUUAUACACACAAUGCGAAUUACAUUCAUUGAAAAACUCAUUUAUGCCUCGAGCUGCAUUCAACUUUCAAUUUUAUUUUUCCAUAGUAAUCCAUGCCAUGUAGAGAACAUCUCUGCAUAUUCUCUUGAAUAGUGAUCAACCUCGUUAAACAAAAGUAGUUCGGAAAAAAGCAAGGUCAUGCUUCAAUUCUUGGAGUUCAUACUGUCUAGUUUUCUUUAAGCUAGUCAAUUUGUUAUUGAAAGAGAUGAAUUUGUAAAUUGGGAUGAAUCUUUGUUAUCAGAGCUGUGUCUCUAUUGUUGGUGAUGAAAGGUGGGGAGUGGAAGGGAAGGAACUUUGUGAAAUAGCAAUUUUUGGUGGAAAAAAGAUGUUACCUGACUAAAUGCAAUACAUCUUUUUAUUGGAGGGACUAGUUUCUUCCCCUGUUGAUUGGAUUUAUAUAUGAACAUGAAUGGUUGGAUCUUUUUAUAUUUAGAAAUGGAUUUAUUUGUUUUUAAA